AUCUGACCGGUCGGUUUGGCAUAAUAAGGAGAACACCCAUUGAGUUUUGUCUGUGAUAUGCCCGCAGACUUUCUCUCAAAGACGGCCGCUCACUGAAUGUGAACUCGAUUGCGUGCGAAACUUCCACGAUCCAUCGCAUCAUCAAUGUGAGUUUCGCAACGAAAUUUACAAUUUCCCAUUCGACACACAUACUAAUGAUCACUUCCACAGAGUUCACCACCCCCCGGGGGAGGAAUCCCAGGGCACAAACACGUGUGUUCAUGCUUUCUCCUUCCUCUCCCUUCCUCGCCUCAGUCUCCUCUCGUUUUUGCUCUCCUUCGCCUCUUUUUGCGCUUUUCUACAGUCCCUAACUACCGAGAGCCUGGAACAGGCCAUACUGUUCUAAUAACAUUAAACAAUAGGUGACAUCACUGAUAUCUAACCGACUUAGCACACCGUAAGGCAAGCUUGCUAUUAUGACUGUUAUUUUUGUUUUCUUUUUUUUUAUGAAAAUAAAACAAAAAUAAUACAUUUAUAAACGUGGGGUCUCCUGAUAAAAUGUCGGGAUAAUGCCGUCGCUGAGAGAAUCUAUUAUAGCUUGGUUUGACUUUUUGAGAGAGAUCUAGAGAGAGGGGGAGCAUGGCAAGAUGGACAGGAGCCGAGUUGCAUUAUGGGCUCUAAUUAACAUAUUUUCCGCUAAUUCAUUUGUCAGCGGUUAUUACUGUAAUGUCAUGAGUACCAACCUCAGAACGACACCGAACGUUUUGAUGGCGGUGUUUUUACAUGUGCUCUUGAUCUCGGAAAAGCAUGGCUUUCAAACGUGUAAAGAUCUGCUAAACUGUAGGUUGUAAGCAAGUUUUGGACGGCCACGGCUGUAUUAGCCACCGAGCAAACAGAUGACAGAAAAGUUCUGCGGGCUUUGCCAGGCGAAUGGCCUGAAAAGACAGCUUGUUCUAUUCCAGUUGAAUUUGGAAGAAGCGAUUUUGUUGUGUGAAAACAAGGAGUGCGUGUAUCCUCUUGGAGUUACGGACAAUGCCAACUUAAUCGUGAGUCGCAAAGCUUCGGAGGUCAACUCGUUCUUAAACUUGAAGAGAAGAAGGAAGAAAAAGUCAAAACCAAGAGAAACAGAGGAACCUGAAAAUGUUUCUCCAGAGUCCACAUGUCCUGAGCAUUUGCUGCAAUGGCAGAAUGUUGAUUCACUUUGUUGGCUUCAUUCUCUGCUGUCUCUAGUUGUCAACAAUGCAACCUUGAACACUUAUGUUAAAAUACUUCCCCCAAAUGUGGACUCAGUGUUAAGGACAUUGACCAAAUCCUUCAACAAGGCACAAGAGUUAUUAACAAGAAACAGAGAACAGGCAGAGAAGGAUUUAUAUGAUGUGAGAGAGAAGGUGUGGAACUAUUUAAAGCCCAAGAUGAAGUGUGAACGUGGAGUGAAUGACAGCCCAGUAAUGGCAUUGCCUCUUCUGUUACGGGAAAAUAGCGUAUUAUCAGAAAAAAUGCUUCAAGUUUAUCAGUGGGAAUUUAACUGUACUACCUGUGGGUAUCAUCAAAUUAACAAGAGGAAAAAGCACUUGGCAACUUUUCCAAAUGUGACAGAAGACUUCAGUCUGCAGAAUCUUGUAUUUACACGACCAUGCUAUAAAUGUGGAGUUCCUGAGCAGAGAAGUAGACUUUUAUUUGACAGAAUGCCUGAUUGCAUUUUCUUGCACUUUGAGCAAGGUUUGAAUUUGGAAAGAUUUCAAGAGCUUGAUCUUGGUCAUUAUGUCAUGACACAGUUCAUCCAGUACAAAAGAAAUCCUGACCACUUCAUUUGCUGGACAAGAGACCCUGGAGGUACAAGAGUGUUGCAUAUUAAGUCCGUCUGUCACUCUAAAGCUCGAAAUAAUGUUAAAAUUAUCUACAGUACAUGCAGUUUGACAUAAUCAUCUUUAUGGAUGUCAGUGUACAAAUGUUAUCCGUGUAGCUAAGUGACUUGUAGUAAAUAAGCAGUUGAUUCUUGUGGGUUUUUCUUUUCAUUAUUUCAAUGGUGUAGUUGGAUGGUUUAGUUCUCUUACAUGAGAAUUGUUUGUUUUCAGGGUUCAAACAUCGGGCACCAAAUUAUGUUCUACAAGGGACGUGAUUAUUUUUCUCAAAUCUACAGAAAACCAAAUUACACCAAGCAAAUAUGACUAUAGGUUUGAAUAGACAAUAUACCUCAUCAGAAGAUAGUGAAAAUGCUUAUCACGGUCGUCUUAAUUUGCCUUCU